AUGCCGCACAAAUAUGAGUUUGGAGGCCCGGUUGGUGCCGCCGGGAUCGUGUUCGGCCUUCCUCCCUUAAUGUACUUCUUGUACUUCACUUGCAACGAUAUCUCAGGCUGUCCCGCUCCGGCUCUUCGGGACCCUGCGAACCUCACGUGGGAGAAGCUCAAGGCCCAAAUCCCAUGGCCGGGGAGUGUCUCGCAAUUCGCCAGUUGGGAGGUUACGGGCUGGGUGUUGGCAUACUACCUAUUCAGUCUGCUGCUUUACCGGAUUCUGCCGGCGCAAGAGAUUUAUGGGACCAAGCUGCGCGAGUCGGGGCGUCCGCUGAAAUAUCGGUUUAAUGCCUUUUACUCAACCAUCGUCCAUCUGGUUCUGGCCGGCAUUGGUACUUACAUCUAUGGCGCGGAUUUUGUGGUUUGGAGGUACAUUACCGACAAUUACCUGCAAAUCUUGACUGCGAACGUCCUCCUGGCCUAUGCCAUCUCCAUAUACGUCUACGCCGGCAGUUUCGGUGUAAAACCCGGUAACAGUGAACUGCGAGAGCUAGCGAUCGGGGGCCAGUCGGGAAACGUGCUCUACGAUUUCUUCAUUGGCCGUGAGCUAAAUCCACGUAAAACGUUGCCGUUCUUCGGCGAGGUCGAUAUCAAGGCGUGGCUAGAGAUGCGUCCUGGCCUGACCGGCUGGGCACUGCUCGAUCUUGCCUUUGUGGCUAAACAGUACCGGACGUAUGGCUAUGUGUCUGAUAGCAUCGUGUUCAUCUGCUGCAUCCAGACAUACUAUGUGCUCGAGGGCCAGUAUGCGGAAUCGGGCCUCCUGGGUAUGAUGGAUAUCAUCACUGAUGGGUUAGGGUUCAUGCUUACCUUUGGUGAUAUCAUUUGGGUACCCUUUCUGUACUCGACCCAAUGCCGGUACCUGUCGGUCUAUCCGGUGCAUCUGGGAUGGGCGGGCCUGGCUGCCGUGAGCAUCACAUUUGCCAUCGGCGUCUCUAUAUUCCGGGCCGCCAACUCCCAAAAGUAUACCUUCCGCACGAAACCCGACCAUCCCAGCGUGGCGGGCAUGUCAUACAUCCAGACCAAGAGAGGCACCAGGCUGCUUACUGCGGGUUGGUGGGGGAUGGCACGGCACAUCAACUAUUUUGGCGAUUGGCUGCAGUCCCUGCCGUUUUGUCUUCCGACGGCGCUGGCGGGCUAUCUCAUCUUCCCGGCUGGGAGCUCCAUUGCUGAUGCGGCGAAGACGCUUGACGGUCGGGAGGUGCUUGCGACCAAGGGGGCGGGCAUGUUCUACACGUACUUUUACAGCGCGUGGUUUGCGUUUAUGCUUAUCCACAGAGAGCAGCGCGACGAUGCAGCGUGUUCGCAAAAGUAUGGUGAGGAUUGGGAGAGAUAUAAGAAGCUUGUGAAGUGGAGGAUUCUGCCCGGGGUUUAUUAA